AUGGCUGAGAGCUCUACUUCGGCCGCGCAGUCCCUGCGGAUACCGAUCCAGGACGUACAGUUUCGUCUCACAGAUGACAUUAUCGACGCCGAGCAGCGCGAUGGGCUGCGCGCUAUCCGUGAGUUUCUCAAAGGAAAGACCGCGUACGACGUUCUGCCGGUCAGCUUUCGUCUCAUUGUCCUCGACACCUCUCUUCUCGUCCGCAAAUCCCUAAAUAUCCUCCUACAGAAUUCUAUCGUGUCUGCUCCGCUAUGGAACUCGAAAACCUCAAAGUUUGCAGGCAUGCUCACCUCGCGAGACUACAUCAACGUGAUCCAGUACUACUACCAAAACCCGGACCAGAUGGACAAGAUCGACCAUUUCACGCUCGACGGACUGCGCGACGUCGAGAAAGCGAUAGGCACACAGCCGAUCGAGACGGUGUCGGUACCGCCGUUUCGGAGUUUAUACGACGCUUGUUUGAAGAUGAUUGCGAGUAAAGGAAGGAGGAUCCCGUUGAUUGACUACGAGGAGGAGAACAAACGAGAGAUCGUCGUCAGCGUGUUGACGCAGUACCGGAUUCUCAAAUUUGUGGCCCAGAAUUGCAAAGAAACGCGGGCGCUGCGAAAGCCUCUCAAAGAUCUCCACAUUGGCAAAUACGACAACCUCGCGACGGCAACGAUGGACACGCCGGUAAUCGAAGUUAUCCACCUGCUCGCGUCAAGGGACGUGUCGAGUAUCCCGAUCGUCGACAACGAGGGCGUGCUGUAUAACGUCUACGAGUCUGUCGAUAUCCUGACGCUCAUCAAGGGCGGUAUAUAUACCGAUCUUUCGCUUACCGUAGGCGAGGCGUUGUUGCGCCGACCAAGUGAUUUCGAGGGGGUGUACACAUGCACCGAGCUCGACCGGAUGGACGCGAUAAUGGACACGAUCCGCCGCGCGCGGCUGCACAGGCUUAUAAUCGUAGACUCGAAAGGUCGUCUAAAAGGCGUUGUCUCGCUGGGUGACAUUUUACGAUUUCUGCUGCUCGAUCGCGAGGAGGAGGCAAGCAGUAGUGCAGAGAGUACAGGGGGGGAAGGAGGAGGGGGGAGCAAAGAAGAUAUAAAGCAUGACGAUUCGUUGGCUGUUGAUCCUCAGAGCUAUCAAUGAUUUCUUACUUAAUUCUUAUUCAGUCGGAAUGUUAUAUAAUAGAGUGAAUACCUUUUAUCUUAUUUCUUCAUAUUUGGUACAUUUUGAGAAGUAUGUGUUUAUGUGUAUGGGACAGGUCAUGG